ACUACUAGCCAACUCCCUACUCUCUCUCAUAUCCAUAUUGAAGAAAUAUCAAGGGGUGUACGAAAGUUAAAUCAGAUCCUCCUGGCCUGCUCUAAUGGCCUCAACUUUGACAGAUAUUCAAUAGAAAUUGGAAGGGAACUGUUGAAAGGAGCAAUGGAUUUGGAAGAGUCUCUAAAGUUGCUUGUAAACAUGCAGGAAACUUCGGAUUAUUUGAUAACGCCGCAGAGAAAAAGUCGGUUAACAUUGCUAGAGGAGGAUGAAGAUGAUGAUAAGAACACCGACACAGUAGCCGAUCAGAAACAAUUGGGUAGGCCAAUAUUUUCUUUUGAUAGACCCACAAGAAAUUAUAAAGACAUUCAAGAAGUUGCAAGAACAGAACUUAAGCUGAGGUUGGCAGCUCUUACCUACUCUUCAGAGGUUACUAAUUCCAAGCAUGACAAGAAAGUUGGAGCUUCCCCAAAUUUACAUUCUCACAAACGAUCAAUUAGCUAUGGUCCAAACACUAAAACUCUCACUGCAUUCUCAGAACAAACUCACUCAACUCCAUUGCAGUCUAAACAAGAGAAAUCCAGAAUUCCAAAUGUAAUCGCAAAGCUGAUGGGGAUUGAUGAACUUCCGGGAAAUGUAGAUUCAAAAGUCACCAAAAAGGAGUCUGGAAAUAAAAAGUUAGAAGGGAUAACUGCAAAGAUACCUGCACAGGAAAGCAUCAAGAAAGCUGAACAAAGGACAAAAGAUUCCACAACCCCAGUUCUCCCACCAGCAAAACAAAAGGAAACAAUAGCCAGCAAGAUUCCUUUGGCUCAGGAUACAGUUACAUCACAAGCAGGAAAAACAUUCACAACUAGAAAUGGUAGCGCAAGAGUUGAUACAAACAGUGACGUUGCCCAGUCGAAUCAUAGCACUGGAAGUAGAAAAGAAAAUCAGGAGGAGAGAAACAAUGAUGGUAUAAAGCACAGGGAACAUAAGGACACUGAAAGAAGUGAAAUCAAGGAACCAAUUUUCAAGGAUGAGAUGCAGCAGAUGAUACCACUUGUACAUAAAAGAUCAGAAGCUGCACUUACAGCCAAAAAGCCAGAGUAUAGCAAAAGCAUGCUUCAUGGGGAAAAUAGUUUUGCUAACAAGCUUCUCCUAAGCAGUCAACAAAAGCUGCAAUAUAAUCAUGGGUUUCAACAGGUUCACAUGCUCCAAAAAUCGGAGCUUCGACAAUCAGAAGAAAGGGAGCAACAGAAAUUGAAAUUGCAGGAGAAGAAACAAAAGAGACAUGAACCAACAUCAAGUAGUAUCUCCAAACCAAUAUCCGGUGCAACCAAUUUGCAAAAGAAGCAGCUGCAAAUGAAUCAAGCAGCAACUACUAGGGAAGGCUCUACCGAACAUGUUGAUGCAGCGCAAUUCAAUGGACUAGCAGAUAGUAGGCACCAAGAAACUCCAGCCAGCGAUAGGAAUUCAAUAAUUUUAAAUUUCAGAAUUAAAGAUUCAUUAAGCAGAAACUCCGGUUUGCAUUCUUCUCGAGGGGAUAAAGAAUCUGAAUCAGCAAAAGCCCGCAUCCCAUUUGCUGUGGAUGAGAAACCCGUUCAAGUUCAAACAAUGAAUGCGAGAAGUGCAAAAGGGCAUAAACUCGGGGUCUCUGGAAAGAUUAAUGAAGUUCCAAUUUGCAAGAGAGGAAACAGAUUAGGCAGGAGAAACUUGCUAUCACCCAAGAAGCAGAGAAAAUGA